GGUCACACUGAGAGUCUUUUUUUGUUGUUUCCCACGGUCCCCCCCCGACAAUUCCGACAAAGAAAAUGCUGAAAAUCGCUGAACAAGUGCAUGAAAAAUCAAAUUUCUGAUUGACAUUCAGCCCCAAGCAGUAAGCAGAGUGGAAUUUGACCGGCCAAAGCCGUUAUAUUCCAUUUGGGGCGGCGUCGUUCACUCCCCCACCCCCCACCUGCAGAGCGUGAGUGAGAGAGAGAGAAAGAGUGAGUCCAGCGCAGCGUCAGAGCGAAGAGAGAGUGAGAGAGAGAGAGGGAGUGCGAAGGAGGAAGGGGGAAGAUAAUGACCACCCAGAGAACACAACGAAAUGCCACCAGCGCCUCCACGGAGUCCGACUACGAAACGCUCAUGCAGCGUCUACAUAUCGGGUCUGGUGGCGGUGGCGGUGGUGGUGGGGGCGGCAUGCGUGGCUACCAACGCUCGCCGGGAGCAAUCGAGAACUUCAUUCACGAUGGCCAGCAGCAGAUGCAUCACCACCACCACCAGCAGCAGCUUCAGCUACAGCAACAGCAGCAGCAGCAGCAGCAGCAGCAGCGCGACUACAAGCUGUACGAGCGCGGCAACAUCAUAGCCGCCUCCAAGUACGCCACGCCCAAGCCCGUCGAGCAGCUGAUCAACAAUGGGGGAGGUAGCCCACAGAUCUAUGCGCCCACCGCACAGGUGCUGGGCCAACGGAUCGCACCGCAGAAGCACUCGCCGGUGUACGAGAAUCUCGAGUUCUACGGCCAGUUCGACUCGAAUCACAAGCGCGCCCAGCCACAGAGCCCGGGCAGCCGGCAGAGCGCCAUGCUGAACGACUAUCUGCUGAUGCAACCGAUUGGCGGCGGACGUUUUGCCCAUACGCCCGUGCCGGAGACGGUGGCGGUGACUGCGUUGGCUGCUGCCCGCGAGCCUCUGGAGGAGAUGGUGGCGCCCAUAUACGAGAACAUCAUACCCCAUUCGGGGCAGCGUGCCCAGCCGCAGGCCUCACCGGCCACGGCCACCAUGUACCAGGAAAUGCCGGGCAAUGUGGCCACCGCCUCGUCAUCCACGGGCCUGGAUCUCAACGCGCUGCUCUCGUCGCCCAUGCACCAGCGCAGCAUAAGCACAAAUAACGCGCAACAUGCCACUGGCACUGGCACUGGCACGCUGGGCUCGCCGACCCAACGGUAUAGGAAUCUGUCGCUGCCCAGCCACUUGAGUCCCGUGCCGCCGCCCUCGUCCUCGUCGCCGUCCCCCCUGCCGAUGUCCGUGUCCAAGCUGCAGCAGCACACGCCCAUCAAGCAGCACAUGCCGCCACCACCAGCCCCACAGGCGCCGGCUGGGGGUCAUGGCGUUGGCAUCAAUGUGUCGGUGAAUCCCAACUACAUUGAGGACAUCAACAGCUCCGAUUAUGUGUGCAUGACGGCAAAUCUGCAUCGCAAUACAUUGGCUGGAUGCGGCGGCGGCGGCGGUGGUGGCGGCAGCGGCGUGGUGACUGGCAGAGCAGCACCGCUGGCAACAGCAGGCGCAAUGCCACAACGAGCCGUCCAGGAGACACCGACAGCAGCGUCGUCAGCGACAGCAAUACAAUCGCUGCGUGCCACACCCAUCGCGAUGUCGGCACCCCUGGCGGUGGCCACAUCGCCCACGCCCUCGCAGGGCAGCACAGCGGUCAAUGCCGCGUUGCGACCCAGAAAAGGUCUAACCAAGAAUCUGCUGCCGUAUAGCGUGACACCGCCGCGUCCGGCUGGUCCGACAGAGGCGCAGCGUAAAAUCGAGGAGCUCACACGCCAGCUGGAGGAGGAGAUUGAGCAGAGUGAAGAGCAUGGCGAAUAUUUUGGCAUUUGUCACACGUGCGGAGAGAAGGUAAAGGGUGCCGGUCAGGCCUGCCAGGCCAUGGGCAAUCUUUAUCACACCAAUUGCUUCAUUUGCUGCUCCUGCGGCCGGGCGCUGCGUGGCAAGGCCUUCUACAAUGUGCAUGGACGUGUCUACUGCGAGGAGGAUUACAUGUAUUCGGGCUUCCAGCAGACGGCGGAAAAGUGCGCCAUUUGUGGACAUUUGAUUAUGGAAAUGAUCCUGCAGGCCAUGGGCAAGUCGUAUCAUCCGGGCUGCUUCCGUUGCUGCGUCUGCAACGAGUGCCUGGACGGUGUGCCCUUCACCGUGGAUGUGGAUCAUAAGAUAUAUUGUGUCAACGAUUAUCAUCGCAUGUUUGCCCCCAAAUGCGCUAGCUGUGGCAAGGGCAUCACACCCGUUGAGGGCACUGAUGAGACCGUACGCGUGGUGUCCAUGGACAAGGAUUUCCAUGUGGACUGCUACAUAUGCGAGGAGUGUGGCAUGCAGCUGACAGACGAGCCGGAUAAGCGCUGCUAUCCGUUGGACGGGCGUCUGCUGUGCCGUGGCUGUCAUCUGCAGCGGCUGGCACUGCAAUCAUCACCGCACACACGCCACCAGGAGCCAGUGUGUGCCUCCUAUCAGUAUAUGGGCUGAAGUUAAGCACUGCCCUGUCUCCUCCUACUGCGCAUGCGCAUCCAACUACUGACUGAGAGAGCGAACAAAUUAUUCCAAUUUCAAAAUAUUAUCUUAAACAAUAUGAGAAGACAAAAACAAAUGCAUUUAUA